AUGGAUAAAGAAAAUGCAAAAGCACCUUAAGACUUUUCAACUUAAAAUGUACCAUUAUUAUAAGCUUAAUAAUAACCAAUUAAUUAAUAUUAUGUACCUUAUGCUCCUUAAAUUUAAUAACCAUAAUAAUAAUAAUAAUUAUAAUAACCAUAUUUAUAAAAUCCAUAUUAAGUAUUGAAUCUAUAAACAGAUCAAUAAUAAUAUUCAAACUAAUAAUAACUAAUAUAAUAAUAAUAAUAAUAAUAAUAAUAAUAAUAAUAAUAAUAAUUAAUAUAACCUUAUUAAUAAUAGAUAACUGGUAUUGUAUUACAAAAUCCUUAUAUUCCUUAUGUAAAUAUAUAUAAUUUAUAUUUUAGACUCCAUAAGUAGUAUAAAAUGCAUCUGGAUUUAGAACUCCAGCAUUAGUUUAAUGUCCUUUUUGUAAUUAACAUUCAGUUACAACUAUUACUUAUAAACCAGGUAAUGAUACAUAUUGGAUUGCUGUAUUAUUAUGUAUUUUCUUUGGUUGUUUAUGUUUAAUACCUUUAUUAUCUGGUGAUUGUAAAGAUGUUUAUCAUCAAUGUAGUUAUUGUGGAAAAGUUGUUGGACAUACACCUUAUAAAGCAUGUUCAUGA